UCCUCUCUCUCUCUCUCUCUCUCUCUCUCUCUCUCUAAAAGAGCAGCACACUACUGCAGAAUCGUCACUCUUCGAUCACAACCGUUCCGUACUCCUCUACUAAACACACGUUUCUCUCCGUGAGCUAGUCGGCUUCAACAAUGGCGACUCUAAUGCAGAAAAUCAAGGACAUCGAAGAUGAGAUGGCCAGGACUCAAAAGAACAAGGCUACUGCCCAUCACUUGGGUUUACUGAAGGCUAAACUUGCAAAGUUAAGGAGAGACCUACUUGAGCCCACAACAAAAGGUGGUGGUGGUGCUGGUGAAGGUUUUGACGUCACUAAAAGUGGAGAUGCAAGGGUUGGCUUGGUGGGUUUCCCUUCUGUUGGGAAAUCUACUCUACUGAAUAAACUGACUGGGACUUUUUCAGAGGUUGCUUCCUAUGAAUUCACUACCUUGACUUGCAUUCCAGGUGUGAUUGUCUAUCGAGGUGCAAAAAUUCAGCUGUUGGAUCUCCCUGGAAUUAUUGAGGGUGCAAAGGACGGUAAGGGUAGAGGAAGACAGGUUAUCAGUACUGCUAGGACAUGCAAUUGCAUUAUAAUUGUUCUAGAUGCAAUAAAGCCAAUAACGCACAAACGACUUAUUGAGAAAAGAAUUCACAAUGCUGAUAUCACUCUUAGGUUUGAUGCAACUGCCGAUGAUCUCAUAGAUGUAAUUGAAGGCAGUAGGGUAUACAUGCCUUGCAUCUAUGCUGUGAACAAGAUUGAUCAGAUUACUCUUGAAGAACUUGAGAUUUUGGAUAAACUUCCUCACUACUGUCCAGUCAGUGCUCACCUAGAGUGGAACCUUGAUGGUUUGCUGGAGAAGAUAUGGGAGUAUCUCAAUUUAACUCGCAUAUACACGAAACCUAAAGGGAUGAAUCCAGAUUAUGAAGAUCCUGUGAUCCUAUCAUCUAAGACGAGGACGGUUGAGGAUUUCUGUGAGCGAAUUCAUAAAGAUUUCAUCAAACAAUUCAAGUAUGCUCUGGUUUGGGGGUCUAGCGCGAAACACAAGCCCCAAAGAGUUGGAAAGGAGCAUCUGCUUGAAGAUGAGGAUGUUGUUCAGAUCAUCAAAAAGGUGUGAUGCGGCAGGAACUCAGAAAUUGUGCAACCUUCGCAUCAUGAUCUCGAUUAUGGGACUACAGCUUUUGAGACUCAUCGCUUGUACUUUUCAGAGUAUACAGCACUCUUUUUGUAAGUUCUAUUAGUCGUAAGGGUAGGCAAAGUUUAAGGCGGCUUGUUAAGUUUAAUCAGGGUAUCUUACUGCACCUUUUUUGUGAUCAAGCUAUUCUGGGUAGUAUGUUCUCUGUGGAUACUAAUGAAUAUCGUCUACUAUGAGAUUGAAAUACUUGCGCGUAUAUGAAAUGAACCAUCUAACUUUUCUUAUUAUGAUCUGUAGUUCGUUGAUAUGAGUUAGCAACAACUUGGGUUUUUAUUUUCUUGACAGAAAAAACUUGGGGUAUUUGCCUUGCUCCACUUCAUGAGUUCCUAUAAUAGCCAUACCAUAUAUUGCUCCUUAAAUGGGAGUUUCAUUAGGGAUUGGGGCCAUUC